AUGACAUCUCCCAUCGACCUCACCACACUUUUCUCGCUCAACGGCAGCGUCGCUCUCAUCACGGGCGCCGGUUCGGGCAUCGGCUCGUACAUCGCUCACACGUUCGUCCUCGCGGGAGCGGAACGCGUAUACAUCACCGGACGCCGACUCGAAGCGUUGAAGAAGACGGCAGCGUUCAAUGCGGCCAUCGUACCCAUCCAAGGAGACAUCUCGAGUAAAGCAGGUUGUGCCGCGAUCGUCAAGGCCUUCGAAGAAGCCGAGAAAGCGCGCGGCGUUACCGGUGCUCCGAAGCUGGACAUCCUCGUCAACAACGCUGGUAUCCUCACCAAGGAUGGCAACUGGGAUAAGGACGGCGCGAGCGUCGAGACCAUUAGCCAGGCCUUGCUUCAGGCGGACGACAAAGACUGGGAUCAGGGCUUUGCUAUCAACACUUCUUCCAUCCAGUGGAUGUCCGCCAUUUUCCUCCCUCACCUUGAGCGCGCGGCAGCGAACGGAGGCAAGGCGCAGGGCCGAGGCAACAUCAUCAACAACACAUCCGUAUCGGCGCUCUACAUCUCGCGUGACGCGCAGGGCCAUAUCUACUCCGCAACCAAGGUGGCGGCCGAGUCCAUCUCGGCAAACCUAGCGAGCAAAUUCACCAAGCUCGGUGUCCGCGUCAACUCGAUCGCCGUGGCCAAUAUUCCCAGCGAGAUCAACGAUAUGAACAACCCGAACAGCUUUAUCGCGAAACUGAAGGACAUCUCGCCCAUCGGGCGCGUCGGCAAUGAGGAAGAUAUGGCGGGUGCCGUACUCUACCUUGCCAGUCGCGCAGGGAGCUUCGUGUCUGGCGCUAUGCUCAAAAUCGAUGGAGGUAUUCUCAUCGGUGCCUAA